UUAAGACGAAGAGGCAAAGUGUAUGAGCUGAUAGUCACCAUUUCAUUUGUGUGAGACAACCCAUCAUAUUAGAAUUAUGCGUAUCGUUUUUUUUGUUUUUUUUUGCGGGUGAUUUCUUUUCUUUUUCUUGGGAUGUUAAGGACAGAAAGUUAAAUAAACAGAUCAACAUGCCUCCUUUGACCGAAUAAGUCACAUGUAUAUUUCUUAUCUGAAUUCAUUGUGUAACAGAGACUCACGUGUUUUCAACUAUAAAGAGAUUAGGUAGAUAAUCAAAUCUUGGACAUAACGAAGGUUUGCAAAAGUAUUGCGAUGCUAUUAUAUUUUGUUACGCUAAGCUGUCUUUUAGUUGCAGCAAAAACACAGGUGUUUAGUCUUGGUAAAUGUCCCACUGUUAAGACACAAGAAUCCUUCGACAUCAAUAAGUAUCUAGGUGAUUGGUAUGAAAUCUAUAAAUUCGAAGCUAGUUUCGAAGGAAAACAAAAAUGCAUACGAGCUAACUAUCAGAUGAAAUCAGAUGGCCAUAUCAGAGUGGAAAAUACUGGAAUUGAAGAUGGCAAAACCAUCACAGCCACAGGUGACGGUUUUGCACCCGACAAAAAUGUUCCAGCAAAGCUCGAAGUUAAAUUUUCUGACAAAGCCCCAUAUGGUAAAUAUUGGGUUCUCGACACUGAUUAUGAUCACUACACAUUUAUCUAUUCAUGUACUGAUCUUGCGGGACUUAGCCAUAUAGAAUUUGCAUGGAUUCUUAGCCGUGAAAGGACGUUAGAUGAUCAAUACAAAACAAAACUUUUUGAUUUGGCCACAUCAUAUGGCAUUAAGACAUCCAAUUUCUUGACUGAAGAGCAAACGGGGUGUGCUUAAGUACGUGGCCAUGCUUGUCUUCAUCACUCUCUCUUCAGAACUUACCAUUGACUUUAUGUAAACAGUUUUAAGUUCUGUGAAUAAUGGCUUCAUUAAAGUGUAUGAUUAAUCAC